AUGCUGACAUUUUUUAAACAAACUGAACUGGGUGAAGCAUAUAGUGAGUUUUCAAAAUUAUGUGACUUAGUGAUGACAAUACCUGCUACAAGUGCGUCUGGAGAACAACGUUUUUCUGUACUAAAGCGGAUUAAAAACUUUGUCAGAAAUUCCACAAGUGAGGAGAUGCUAGCCAACUUAGCGAUUUUAUCAAUUGAAAAGGGACUUAUUAAAGAAAUGUCUGAAAAUCCCAGUUUUUAUGAGUUUGUCAUAAACGAGUUAGCCAAAGAUGAAGAUAGAAGAAUAGAGCUGCAUGACAAGUAA